UUGUCGACAGAAAUGUGAGGCAACUACAGCAUUUCUUAGCGGCCCGGGGAGUUUAAACGAAUAAGGAAGUAGAGAAACGUAACUCUCAGAAGCUACUUCAUCUUUGUUCUGCAGUUGGCAAACGGCCGAGCCGGCAGACACACGUCACUUCCUCAAGUUAUUUCCAUUUGUUUGUGGCAAUCGCCAGCAGUUAUCUAGUACCUUAUACACCAAAGAUAACAUUACUGUUUAACUUACAAUAUGCUCGGGUGGAAGCGAUAUUACCUUUAUUUUCCGUGAACUGCUGUAUCAUGAAAUUAUGCAAGAAAUAUAGUCGCUACCAAAGCGUGAGCAAAGACAGGAAAGCGUGCGUUGGUGAGCAGAAGUAGUUGCUGUGAACUGAUGGAGUGCCCUCAUCUGAACUCAAACGUGAGCUGCCCUGUCGACACCUCCAGGUUUCCUAAUGGUACUCCGUCCUCCUGGUGCUGCAACGUUUGCAGGUCUAAUAAAAGUCCAUGGAUUUGCCUUACCUGUCUGAUGGUCCAUUGUGGACGAUAUGUCAAUGGACACGCAAAGAAACACUUUGAAGAGAGCCAGGUCGUUGGAAUUUGUCAAAAGAAGGGCGAGAAACAGGAGAAAGAGAAAUGCCAUCAUUCUGUCUGCAUGGACUGCAGCAACUUCAGUGUAUUUUGUUACAGAUGUGAUGACUUUGUUGUCAAUGACACCAAACUCGGGCAGGUGCAGAAGGUGAGGGAACAUCUGCAGAGUUUAGAAAACUCAGCACUGAUGGGUGACAGACACAGGAAAAGAAAACUUCUGGAAAGCCCAGCUCUAGAGAACAAGUUGUUGAAAGACAGUGACGGUGCGGCUUUAGGUGCUACAGGCCUGCGGAACUUGGGCAACACAUGCUUCAUGAAUGCCAUUCUGCAGUCCCUCAGCAACAUCGAGCAGUUCAGCUGUUAUUUCAAGGAGUUGCCUGCAGUGGCUCUACGCAGUGGUAAGACGGCAGGAAGAAGGAUGUACCACACCCGAAGCCAAGGGGACAACAGUGUGUCUUUGGUGGAGGAGUUCAGGAAGACCCUUUGUUCCCUGUGGCAAGGAAGCCAGACUGCCUUCAGUCCAGACUCCUUAUUUUAUGCUAUAUGGAAAAUCAUGCCAAGUUUCAGGGGCUAUCAACAGCAGGAUGCACAUGAGUUCAUGCGUUACCUGCUGGACCACCUCCACAGGGAACUCCAGUGCAGUCGCAACGGGGCGUCUCACCAAGUCUCAGCUCAGGAUGGGGUUAGACUCUCCACCACAGAGGGCAAAUGCUGCAUAAAUGGGACUGCCAGUGUUGUCACAUCCAAUUUUGGUGGUAUACUUCAGAAUGAAGUCAACUGCCUGAUAUGUGGAACAGAAUCCAGGAAGUUUGAUCCAUUUCUUGAUCUGUCUUUGGACAUUCCCAGCCAGUUUAGGCAAAAGAGAAGUAAGGACCGGGAGCCAGGACCGACCUGCACUUUACGUGACUGCUUGCGUAGCUUCACUGACCUGGAAGAACUUGAUGAAACUGAGCUCUACUAUUGCCAUAAGUGUAAAAAGCGACAGAAAUCCACAAAGAAAUUCUGGGUCCAGAAACUGCCGAAGGUUUUGUGUCUGCACCUAAAAAGGUUCCACUGGACGGCCUUUUUGAGAAACAAGGUGGACACCUAUGUGGAGUUUCCACUGAAAGGCCUGGACAUGAGGGGCUACUUACUUGAGCCAGAGAAUUCAUUACCGGAAAGCUCCCCGUAUGACCUUGUUGCUGUCGUAGUGCAUCAUGGAUCGGGGGUUGGAUCGGGGCAUUAUACAGCAUACGGCAGCCACGAGGGCCAAUGGUACCACUUCAACGAUAGCACAGUGACUCUGACCAAUGAGGACACAGUGAGGAAGGCCAAGGCCUACAUCCUCUUCUACGUGGAGAGAACUGAACAGGUGGCCUCAGACAAGACUGCCACAAACAAGCCUGCUGUGGACACAGCAGUCAUGGACAGCAGUCCUUCAGAAGCACUUGCUCAGGACAAGGUUGCAGACACGGCUGGCACAGACACGGUUUUGAUGGAUGUGCCAGCCUCUCACAUGAAUACCCAGGAUGUGGUGGCCCUAGAUAGUGCUGCAAUGGAAAAUGUGGGUGAAGACCUGGUUGAACUGCAUGAAGCUGACACAGCUUCAAUAGAGGCUGCGACGGACAGGGAUACCUCAGACAAGGCCGGCCAAGCUGUACCAGCUGUUGCACAGUGAUUCUGUCAGACUGCCUCAGACCAGCUCCUCACUCUAUUUCGGCCUCACCUCAAUCACGUUUCUCACAGUGCUUGAUUUUAAAUAGUUAAUUUCCACGUUCAAUGUAUGUGCAUCUAUUUUGUUUUUGUAUGACCUGCAUGACGGCAUCAUGUAUAAUUUUGCUGCUUGAGUUUUGUUUAGUAUGACUUUUUGCAUUUAUUUCCUCAGACUUUUCUGUAUGUAAUAGAUUCCAAAGGUGAUUGUUUAAAAUAAUGAAGUAAAGCUGUAGCCUUGGAAAACCUCAGUUGGUCCAAUGUUUAGCCGAGACUGAAGAGACUGAUUGUGUCAAGACACUGUCAUUGUAACAAUAUUUGAAGUUUCUAAUUUUGUUAUUUCCACGUCUUGAGAACCUCGUAGUUCUGUUUUCCAGUUUUUAGGGGAGAUUGUAGAAUAUAGAAUGCAAUGCAUAUAUUGACUGACAAGUGCUCAUUAGUGCUUUAGAAAGUUGUUUAACCUCUUGACCAGAACCAAUGUGAAACAAAUGAUCAUUCUCAAAUUGUUUUGUUUGUCUGUAUUGACGCUGGAGUAUAAUUUAACAUUUUGUGUUGAUUUGAAAUGGGUUAAAAAGGGGCCCAGAUGAAAUUCUCUUUUAAAACCUGUAUCAGACAAAGUGAACAUGAUGAAAUACAACUGAGAAUCUUUUUCAAA